UAUCACACCACAGCAACAAGUGGCAGAAACUUUCUUAAAUGAUUGAAUAAAUCAAGAAGUCCACGUCUGAACCAUGAACAAACGAAAACUGAGUUUCAAAUGGUUAGGGAGCCUCAGCAAUCUCUCCACCCGCCGCCAGUCGGAGAAGGCCAACAUCAAGUCAGUCCCAGAGCAUGAUGGGAGCCUCGGCGGUGCCAAAUCAGCAGCGGGGGAACAAUCGGUGGACGACAUGGAGGCCUGUCUCCGCAGCCCCAGCUACGCCCGCUUCAGCGAGAUGUACACACAUGUGGGCACUGUGCCACGCAGCCAGACACAGAAGAAGAGCUGCAGGGGGCAGAAGGAGAAGAAGAAGAAAGAGGAGGAGGGGUUGGUGAGUGGAGGGCAGAGCCAGUGGAAGGCGGGGGAACAUGUCCGAGACUCCCCUCUGCUCGGUGCCCUGUCCGGCCUCAGUACGACCAGUCUGGACCGGCCUCUACCCGUUUCUGCACCGGCCUGGCCGCUGCCCGCCACCCCGACACCCAGCCGGGCUUCACCUUUGACCUCAGCACCUGAGAACUGCUUCAAUAAUCCUUCAGUGGACCCCGUUAGGAGCCCAGGGUCAUUGUCAAAGAGCAGGGAUGCUUUAGAAAGUGGUAGAGCUGUAAAAGGGCCUUCUAACAUGGCGACCAAUGGCCCCAAAGCGGCUUUGCCACAGGAUGUUUACGUUCCGAUGGAUCCGAUAGCUGAAGCAGCUCGCAGCCACGUGGGCGUCCACACAGAGAGGCAGAGAGGCGCCACGAGUAGGCCUACACAGGAAACCACCAAGUCUGAGACGGGCUCGCAGGAAGUAAAUCGUGGUGACAGUAAGCAGGACUUGACAGACAGCAGUGGAGAAUAUGUGAAGUUCUCCAAAGACAAGUUCUGGUUGGAGCCACCAUCGGAGAAACUGAAGAAGCAGCUGGAGGAGGAGCUGAAGCUGAGCGGCAGCAACCUGAAGAGCCACGCCUGGUACCACGGACCGAUCCCCUGGGAGGUGUCCGAGAGUCUGGUCGUAAAUCCCGGUGACUUCCUCGUCAGAGACUCUCAGUCAAGCCAGGGCGACUUUGUCCUCACCAGCCACUGGGAGCAGAAAACACUUCACUUUGUCAUCAGGAAGACGAUGGUUCAGUCCGCAGAGACAUACACUCGGGUCCAGUACAGCCUGGAGGACGAGGCCUUCGACUCUUUACCGGCUCUUGUUCAUUUCUACGUGGGGAGCAAGGCGGCUCUGACCCGGUGGAGCAAAGCUCAGAUUCACCGGCCUGUGAACAGGACGCUGCCUCUCAGCUACCUGGAGACAUCCUUCUGCACCGCCGUCAGCCCCCCGUCCUGUCACAAAGGGCUAAAAAAUGGCAGCGUGAGCGGAGAGGAGAGGGUCUGUCCCAGAAGUCCUUCAUUUCUGCACCACAGGGAGGCAGAUGUACACAGGGAGCAGGAUGAGCGGCCUCUGAUGACUGCUGGAGAAUCCUCUCUCUCUUCUCUGUACAACACCCCACAGUCUAGAAGCCCUAACAGUAGCCGGGCAGCCAGCGUGGCUCCAUCCCCGUCCCUCUCCAGGCGCUUUGAUACCGGCCGACCCCUGCCCUCUCCCAAAAGCACCCUCCGCAGACAGUGUAACAACAGACCCCAACCUCUUCUGAACCAGGACUCCCCGUCCUCUGAUGCAGGUGGCAGCUGCUACACAGAGCUGUACCCUGGCCCCCACAGCUACGUGGAGAGGCUGCGGGUGGAGGAAGGGUCAGUGGGCAUCGAUCAGCUGAGGUUGGAGGACGGGAACGUGUACUUCUCGCCAGUGGUGGAGGCGGUCUCGUCUUUCAAACCGAGCAGGUAUCUGUCGCCGCUGAUGCCCAAGGAGAAUAAGCCUUUGGAAGUGGGCAUCCUGCGGAGAGUGAAGGAGCUUCUGGCAGAGGUCGACCCCAGGACAGCGGCCAAACAGAUCACCAAGGCUGACUGCAUGGUGGCCAGAAUUCUGGAGGUGACCCCGGAGGUGCAAAGGAUGAUGGGAGUUAGUUCUGGGAUGGAGCUGCUUACGUUACCACAUGGCACACAGUUAAGACUGGACCUACUGGAGAGGUUCCAAACCAUGGCGAUCAUGCUGGCUGUGGAUGUGUUGGGCUGCACAGGGACAACUGAGGAGCGGGCCGGCCUACUACAUAAAAUCAUCCAAAUCGCAGCUGAGCUCAAGAGCACCAUGGGCAACAUGUUCGGGUUCGCUGCCUUCAUGAGAGCUCUAGAGCUGCCGCAGGUGUCUCGUUUGGAGCAGACCUGGACGGCGUUACGGCAGCGACACACAGAGGGGGCUAUUCUCUACGAGAAAACUCUGAGGCCGUUCAUGAAGAGCCUGAAUGACGGGAGAGAAAGCUGUCCGCUGUCCAGCACCACCUUCCCCCAUGUCCUACCCCUCCUGUCUCUGCUGGAGAAGAGCAUAGCGGUGGGUGAGGGGACAGAGCCGUGGGAGACGGUGGAAGUCGGGGUGGACGUGGUCAUGUUCCACCUGGGGGCGGCGAGGACCAUCGCUCAGCUGGGGGGCAUCUACCGCUCCAACGCUGAGAGCAAACUGCAAGGAUUCCAGGAGCAGGCGGAGAUCCUGGAGCUCUUCCUGACCGACUUCCAGAUGAGGCUGCUGUGGGGGAGCAGGGGAGCCGAGGAGAGCCAGGAUCUGCGAUAUGCCAAGUUUGACCAGGUGCUGACAGCCUUGUCCAACAGGCUGGAGCCGCCUGUCCGACCGUGCUGACCCAAGACCUGUUUAAUGACUUAGUUUGUCCGGGACGAGCUCGGAAACACAUAGAUGCAGGUGAUGGUGGAGCCACUGGAAGUAUAAAGUAAUACAGCACCCUGGAGGACAGAAUAGGCAAACCAAGAAGCUACAAAAUGUACAGUUCAGCUUUUUUUUUUUCUAAACUGUAUUUUAA